GUACCCAACUGCCAAAGGAAAAUGAGAUUUCAGUACCUGUGACUUCAAGCUCCCCAGUUAAGGACACUGGGGAUAAUGUUAAUCUUGCCAUUGAACAGGAAGAGAAGAUGAAAGAGGAACCUUUAACCAUCUCAGAACUGGCAUACAAUCCUAGUGCCAGCUUGCUGCCCACCCCUGUUGAUGAUGAGAUUGACAUGCUUUUUGAUACCUUUCCAAGAGUAGAGAAUGAGAAAGAUGAUACAGAUUCAUUUGAGGAACUGGAAGCAGAUGAAAAUGCAUUUUUGAUUGCAGAGGAGGAGGAGCUGAAAGAAGCUCGGAGAGCGCUUAGGUGGAGCUAUGACUUUCUAAUGGGCAACAUAGAGGUGAAUGCCUUUGUGAAGAGUUUCUCAAGACUUCUCCUUGUAGGCCUUGGACUAAUGUUGUUUGUGUUCCCUCUUCUCCUUGUUCUCUUGGAGUCGGACCUGCAAAUCUCUUUUCUCCAUGAAAUCCGUCAGACGCCGGAAUUUCAGCAGUUCCAUAUUGAAUAUUACUGCCCCCUUAGGCAGUGGGUGGCUUGCAAAAUAAACUUCCUUUGUGACAUGCUGGGCAGCUUUUAA